AUGACCUACCAGUUGAGAAUCACUGGGUUUGAUUCGAAACUAGCACAUCUUAUUGGAAAUGAGUUGCAAAAGCGACUUUGUGAUUUUCUGGACUGGAGUCUUACCACCAUCUCUCAGACCAGUGAGCUGACCAUGGAGGGAACUGUGGCUCUCGAUGGAGCUUUACAUUCACUGCUGAGCCUCUUCAAGCAUGGGAAGCGUGAUGACUUCCUACAAUAUGCCCCCAGAGUGCUUCAAUGCCUGAACCAAAACAGAAUAGUGGAGAGUAAACAGGCCAUGUUGCGUAAAUUGGGAGUAAAGGUAGUCCAGAGACUGGGCCUCAUCUGUUUGAAACCGCAACUGGCCAAAUGGAGAUACCAGAGAGGCAGUCGGUCACUUGCAGUGAACCUGGCACAGUCUUCCAUCACUGGAGGUGUACAGGCCAUAAAACCCGAUCUAGAGUCUAUCAGUGCAGAAGAAGUCUAUGACAUGCCAGAAGUGGAGAAUGUAAAACAACUGUUGGUGGGGCUGAAAGAUAAAGAGACAAUAGUGCGAUGGUCUUCAGCUAAUGAGAUUGGAAGGGUGACUGGUAGACUGCCGGACGAUGGAGGUGGAAUCUGUUCUAGAGUGUUUCAAGUGUGCCUAUACUAUAACAAGAGGCUAACGAUGAUGUGCCACUCAUCCUGCUAUGUGUGCUGGGCUUUUGCCCAUGCCUACAAGCCCAAAGAACUAAAGCCUUACGUUAACCAGGCUGUGGCUGACGGUGGGAAUACCUCGCGGGCACGUUCACACAGCUCGACAGAGAGCGAGAGGAGGAGUGAUGAGGUGUCGGAUUUAUUUAAAGUGCGCAGCUCAACCGCAGCUGCGUUCCAAGAGAACGUGGGCAGACAGGGCACCUUCCCCCAUGGCAUAGAUAUUCUCACAGCAGCAAACUGUUUUACCAUCGGUAACCUGAAUAACUGCUACUUGACAAUCAGGAUGCUACAGUUUCAGCACUGUGGCGGCAGUUUUUAUCAGGUUGAGCCAGGGGUGGCGGACGUGAAAAUGCAAGUACAGUUGGUUAGUCAAUACCUAUGUGCCUUGGUGAGUCCAGAGGUUAUGACCCACUUUUGCUGUGCUCUCGCAGGCUCACUGCCUUCAUUAAUGAUUCAUGGCAAACUACAGCAGACCUUGUCUGGGCUCCAGGUUGCCUGCAUAGUGGCACAGAAAGUGGUGAGUCUAACUGAAGGCAGGAGGGAUGUGGCGACAUCCAUGUCAAAGGUGUGCGUAGCCAUUGGUGUGUGUGCACAGGGCAGCCUAAACCACGUCUUGUAUGAAAAGAACAUAUGGCCCAUGUAUGAAGCCUUGCUGGGAUGUAUGAACAACUACAGCUCAGACAGCCAAGGGGACGUUGGGGUCUGGUGAAAGCAGAGCGCUCUACGUUCCUCAACGCACCGCUCUCUCCAUCCGGUCUCUUCGGCUCCCUGUCUCCUCUCCUCUGACCUUGUACAGCGUAUGAUGUGCUGCCUGGCCCAGCAGAUAGACCGCUAUCGAGCCAAUGCUGGCACCAUUUUCCUAUGCCUGCUCCACAGCUCGGAGCCCACAGUACCUCACAUUUCCCACCGGGAGGAGCUACUAAUCAUCUUCCCUCCAGAGACGGGACACUCACUCAUCUGGAAUGCUGCAUCACAGGCCUUCCCUCACAUCACUCAGCUCCUGCGGCUGCCUCAGUACCAGUACCACACGCUCCUGGGCCUCACUAUGUCUGUGGGUGGUCUCACCGAAUCUACAGUAGGUGCGUUUCUCCUCUCAGUCUUUGAGUACUUGAAGGGCGUUCAACAGGAUGCCACAGAAAUGAAGCAGUUUGGAGACACACUGUUACACGUCUUCAGAGAUAACUUGUGCAAUGAAAGGGUCUCUGUCCCUUUACUGAAGAUUAUUGACUAAAUCCUUGCAAACAACUGCUUUGAACUCUUCAGCAGUGAGGAGAGUCAUCCAUUUGGUGUAGAGAUGCUGUCACUAUGUAAGGAGGAAAUCAAGAAGUCCAAAGAUGUGCAGAAGUUGUUAUGUAUAUUUGUGGAAGUGUUCUGUGGAAUGGUGCAGUUUCAGGGUGAUGUAAGGAAGAUUGUCUUAGUGCAGCUGCUGAUGUUGCUCUGUCACCCCUUCCCCGUUAUCAGAAAGACGACUGCCAGCCAGGUGUAUGAGAUGCUCUUGACCUAUGAUGAUGUCAUAGAUGAUGAUCAAUUGCUGGCUGAUGAUAUGGCCUCGCUUAGAGACACUAAUUGGUGAGUUGACAUUGCCACAGUGCGGACAAACAGGAAUCAGCUCUGUGAUUGGCUGGGACUGCCAAGGCUGACACUCAUAUCCAAGAGUUCACCCCAAUAGUUCCAUUCAUUCUUACCUGGACAAAAGCACCUGGGCGGCUCUGCAGGCCACCAGACGUCACCAUAUUUCUUCACUGCUGUCAGAUAAUGUUGUUCAGCUAAUACCACAUGACCAGCCAUCAUUAAAAUCUUAAGGAAAGCUUGUGCAAUUGAAUUAGUAAAUUUAGAGAACUAUUGAUGAAUGCAGGCUGAAACAUACUGUAAAUAAUAGGGUGUGUUUUACACAAAACAAAUCAGACCCCUUUUACACAUGUAUACUGUAAACUGAUAUCCACGUGGAUCCGAAACAGAUGUUAAUAUCAGGUCUAAUCGUGGUCAUAAACUGCUUAACACAUGUUUAACAAAAACUGCAUCUCUACUCUUAGUUGUACAGGGUAAUUGCUAGUUAUUGACAACAUUUUAAUUAAUACAUUUAAUGUUUAAUCAAGCAUAUGCACAGCAUACAUUUAUUUUAGUGGCAUAGAAGGUGGGGUUUCUGUGUUCAGCUUCAAUGGAAUAAACAUUAUCUCAGCAUUCCCCAGCUUUUUCUCUUAAGAAAAUGUGCUUUUGACUCACCCCUUCAAAUUGGUAUUUUUUUUUUUUUUUUUUUUGAGGGAACAUAAGAGCACAGGGACCUAUUGUUAGAUUACAUCCAUUUCUCACACCCUCAAACAAUUAGUUCUUCCACUCCGUUCCCCUCCGUCUCACAGCCAACACAACAGCUUUCCAGUCAAGCAACUUAGCAAUGAAACUCAAUCUAAUCUGCCUCAUUAUACUCCAGGGAAAGCGGUAACAUUUACAGGGGAGGAAGCCCUGGCAGAGGACAGACUUCACUUGAAAACCUGACCGACCAAAAUGAACCCAGCAAUCCAGCUUCUUCGUUUUCAACAGGGGAAUCGAUCCGUGGAAAAUUAUGUGGAGGACUUCUGCGCUGCCGGGUGGACUUUAGUGAAGUCGCCCUCAAGAACAUUUUCCGUGUGGGAUUGAAUGAGCCAAUCUCUUCCCUGAUGCCUGGCGGUUGCAGUCCCCUAAAUCUGGCUCAGUAUAUCGACUUUGCCCUGCAGAUAAUUGGUUCCACGUUCACUGUGGGUGAGGCCGAUGUCGAGCUGGAGUCCCACGUCAUGGCCGCGCCAAGCCCGAGUCCCGCGUCAUGGCCGCGCCAAGCCCGAGUCCCACGACAUGGCCGCGCCAAGCCCUAGUCCCACGUCAUGGCCGCGCCAAGCCCGAGUCCCACAUCAUGGCCGUGCCAAGCCCGAGUCCCGCGUCAUGGCCGUGCCAAGCCCGAGUCCCGCGUCAUGGCCGCGCCAAGCCCGAGUCCCGCGUCAUGGCCGCGCCAAGCCCGAGUCCCACGUCAUGGCAGCGCCAAGCCCGAGUCCCACGUCAUGGCCACGCCAAGUCUGAGUCCCACGUCAUGGUUGCUGAGAUAAUGGCACCGCAUUGGUCCUCCCUGCCUCGGCUCCACUCUGGCCCUUCGAGUCUUCAGCUACUCUCCGGGUAUCCAGUUCUCCAUGGUUUUGCCCCUCGAGCCUCUCACAGCUCUGCCUUCCAUGACUCCACCCCUGGAGCCUCUCAUGGCUCCACCGCCCACAGGCUCCCCCCUGGUCUCAUGCUCCAUGCCAUCUUUUCACCUGAGCUUUGUUUCACCAUGUUUCCAUAUCCUGCCAUGUAACCACGUCAAGUCGCUAUGCCCAAUCCAUUUUGAGAUUGACAAAUAUAAAUGGUCUUAUCCUUUCCCACACAUGGAUGUAAUUUUUAAUGCCAUAGUAGUCCCCUAGUGACUAUUUCUCUUUUAGAAACAGACAAAUAGCAAGCAAACAACCACAAAAAUAUCAUAGCAAUUCUCGUAUUUUGAUCCAUUAACCAAGUUUUCUUUAAUUCAUUUAUGCACCAUUGUAAACAUGGUACAAGCUUAUCACACCUUUGUAUCGCAUUGUAAGUUUUGCUCCACAUAUGGAUGGAAGAAGAAACCAAAUGUAUACAGCAGGAUAUAUGAGGUAUGUCAACUUGAUCGUUCUCUUCAUAAGAAUAAGUGCAUUGCAUGUGUUAUGUUUCAUUUUGAAUGCAGCUCUGAGAGUUCGGUAUAUGUACAGAUGAAAAACUGCUUUCAUCUCAGCACUAUAUGUGGAAAUACGUGUAGCCAAAGACACAUAUCUCUUCUACUCUGUUCAUCCAGACCUUGUGAUUUUGAUUAUUAUCUAUUUUCAUUCAGUCAUCCUUUUGGAAAGAACAAUGUGUCCUCUUGUUGGGUGGAGCGUUCGCAGCGUGUGUCUCUAAACUAUAAUUCCAGGAAGAGGCCAUGUUAAUGUUCUUCUAAGGUAUCUUGUCCAGGACAAGAAAAGCAUGUCUAAUUAAAUAUCUUCUCCAUAUAUUCAUUUAUGUUUUUAGACACACCCUGCUGUCAUACAAGUAGACAAGUAGGGGGGGUUAUGACAAAAAUCUUA